CCAAUCUAGAAGAAGUAGCUACAACCUUCAGCUUUAAGGCUUCAACGAUUGGAAGAUGAUUCAUCAAUCUGUGAACAGCAAUGUCAGCCUUAUAGGACUGAAUCAGCAGAAAACUAUGUCUCUUCUUUAUUCAGGUAUUUUAUUUGUAUUCCCCGUGAGCAGCCUGCGCGUCGUGUGUGGCUGUGGUGUGGUGUAAGAUUACUUAUCUCUCCUGACUACGAAAACAUGGCGCAGCGUAUUGCAUUACCAAUCAAGCUAAUUGCUCGAGCCCUAGCCGACCGGAACACACAGCUUGGGACAUGCAGCACGGGCUCCCAGGCGUAUAAACCCCUCCAGCCGGAUGGUCUACAAAUGACUACGAAAUGAGGAAGAAGCCAUCCAUGAUGAAUGACACCCCAAGACGGAAGAAGGGACUGCUAUACAGUCAUUCGAUCUGCUAUUAUUCAUCGUUUCCGAGACUCCCAGCUGGGCGGUGGCAAGUCAAGUUGAAGAGACUUUUGGCCAAGAAGCACGUUGAAUGCUGUUUGUGUGUGUGUUUUUUGGCGAACAGCCUUUGAAACGCUACUAGAUGGCUCUGACUUUGGCCAGUAUAAGGAGCCGAGCCUUUUCCACCCGGAAUCCCAAAAUGGGUUGCACACUCUUCGUGAUAUAGACGGGUGAAUCCGCUACCAGCUCCCGUCAGUUGCAUACGUGCCGUCCUCACGGUCUGUUACAUUGCCCGGCUGCCCACUCAGCAGGUCUUCCCUUUUAGCAAACCUCGUCUCCUGGUUUGGUUAUCCGUGUCUGGCAUUUUCAAUUUGCGCAACAAACACGACAACAUUUUAUCUGAAAACAGCCAGCAACUCAUUUUGCAGUUUCUUUGGCUCUGUGCGGAUGCUGGAUGGCAUCUUGUGGAUUAGGUGCAUCCGCCACCGUCAGCGCUCAGCAGUUUACCAUCGUCCAACCGGCCUCAACAUGUCACCGCUCGUCUUCGUCUUGCUCUUCUUCACCGUUACAGGUAAUGUUCCAGCGGUUUGUGGGAGUGUCAGCGGCGUGACGGAUUCGGGUCCGAUGCUCCAAAUUGUGGAAAUGCGUGUGCCGUCGGUGGUGGAAGACGGGUCGGCCACGUCCGUCAUCCUCGACUGCGACUACGUCCUGCGCUCGGCCGACAAGAAAUCGGAGCUGGUGGUCCAGUGGUACUUCCAGAACGGUUCCAGUCCCGUCUACCAGUGGAUUCCGGGGAAAAGGCCGCAGGAUCUCGGCGUGCUCAAGGGCCGGCUCAAUCUCGACUACCGGGCCUCCAACGAUCCGCACAAGCGGCACAGGGCACUCGAAAUCCUCAAGCCUACUUACGAGCUGAGUGGCGUUUAUCGCUGCAAAGUCGCCACCGUCGAAGAGGAGGCCGUCGCCGCCCGCACCAUGAUCGUCUACACUCCGGCCCGGAAUCUGGAAAUAUGGCACCAGAAAAUGUCGUUUGACGCUGUCAAUGUCACAUGCCGAGUCGAAGGAAUUUCGCCCAGGCCCAAACUUCAGCUCUACCGUGGAGACCGUCCAGGGGUGGAGAUGGACGGAAUGCCUGCCGAAGUGGUGAAUCGACGCGGACUCUACGACGUGACACUCUACCGGGUCGUCCACGACCGCUCACUCCGCCAGGAGACGAUUUUCGAGUGCGUCUUGUCCAUUCCGGCCACGCAGUAUCAAAUCGCUCGGAGACUCAUUUACUAUCCAGGUCCGGCGCCUAUCCGGAGCAGCAGCAGUAGCAGCAGCAGUAUAAGUUCAGCCAACCGAAAUCCUCACUUUGCCGACGCAUCCAGCAUCUGGAUGAAUGGUCGACUACUUCUUCUUCUGCUUGUCCUUUCUUCGUCUGUCGGCAAACUCUUCUUCUAGUCUUCCCUCAUUACCAUGACAACAACACCCUCCUCCCCCCCAAAAGAAACAGCAUCGGCAGCAGAAGUAGAAGAAGAAAAGCUUCUUUUUCUUUUUUCUCCUGUCGAGAGAAAAGAGGGAGAGAAACAGCCGCAUCCGCGCCGGAUGGAUGGAUGAAAAAAAGAAUUGCGUGGAGGAAUCAAACAAAAGAGAGUAGCAGAAAACCGGAUAGAUCGUGUUAAUCCCCUCUUCGCGUGUUUCCUUUCUCUCUCUAUUAUCUUCAGUCCCGUUUCUCUUUAUUUUAUUUUAUUUUAUUUUUUAUUCUUUCGGUGGAUGGGAAAGUAUAAGAAAAGAAUGGAAACAAAGAAUCCAACGUGGGAUUAUAUAUGGGCAAAUGCGCUGACUAUGGGGUUAGACAACAAAAAAAAAGCCCACGACGGUGACGUCAUGUACAUAAUUCAAGUGUGUAUGUGUGUGAGUGUGCGAAUUUCAUGUGGCUGAACGGUGUCAGAUGGGUAUCACCAAUUUCCAUAUUGGCGAAAUCUAAACACAAAAUAAUAAGCGACAAACAUUUUUAGUUUCAAAUGUUUCCGGCUGUUAUUAUUUCAUGCGAUUUUGUGUGACGGGAGAAACCUGAUGUCAUAUAGAGUCUGGCAAGUGUAUACGUAGUGUGUAUCGUUUGCAUUUUGAAAAGGUUAUUGGGCCAUCAUUUUCGCCCGGCGCGAAUCCCCCCCAUCCGUUUUUCUUUACUUUUUUGAGUUUCACGUCCAGCAGUCCAGCCGCUCGCGUGUUGUAUCUUCACUCGGACGAUGUUAAUCCUUGUUGGCAUUUCCCCAUCCAAUCUGCUGUAUAUAAAAUGACGUGUAUUUCCACCUGAUUGGGUUUUUCUUCCAACAUUUCUAGUCAUCAAUGUCGACAUGAAAUUGUGUCAUUCGUUUUUCAGAUUUUGAAUUUUAUUUCUUCAAAGUUUGGCCGCCAUUUUUUUAAAUUUUCUUUUCUUGCAUUAUUAGCUAAUCGGUCUGUCUGUCUCUCUGCUCUACUCCCGACUUGUCUGUGUUGAGAAUAUCUCCCUCAACCCUUUCGUUUCUUUCUUGUUUCUUUCCAUCCUCCCACGGGAGUCGCUCACGGACGGAGCCACGAGAUGAGACCCGCACGCCAAAGUCAUGCACGCAUCUUAUUUUAAUGAAAAGGGAGAAACCACGCCACCGUGAAUAUGGCAAUAACACA